CAACGUCCAUCCCCAAUUAAGUCAUCGAGAUGAAAGUGAUCGCCAUUUUUGCCGUCAUCCUGGCCGUGGCUUUGGCCGCCCCGCAGGGCCGCGACGCCGACGCCCAAGUCGUACGCGCCGACAUCGACAACAUCGGAGUUGGCGGAUACAGAUACAGUUACGAGACCAGCAACGGGCUGUCGUCCGACGAGCAGGGGGAAAUCAAGAACGAGGGCCGCGAGGAUGAGACUUUGGUGGUGAGGGGACAGUUUAGCUACGUGGGGCCCGAUGGAGUCACCUACACUGUCACCUACAUCGCCGACGAGAACGGUUUCCAGCCCCAGGGGGCCCACAUCCCGCAAAACUAGGUCCGACUUCCCACCAACGAUAGUUUAGGAAUUUGUACAGCAACUAUUUAUAAGUACUGUUGACAUUCAACUAUAUUUAUAAAGAAUUUUAUAAAUAUACUAUUGGUUAUUUA